CUCUCUCUCUCUCUCUCUCUGGAUCCAGAAUCACAUGGGCCAAGCUUGAAGAUGUCGACGAUCGAGAAGCAGUGGCUGCAGAUCUUCGAGAGGCAGCGAUGGGUCAUCAACCAGGCCAAGCAGCAGGCCUUCCUCUUCGACCAAGACCUCGCCUCCAAACUCAUCAUUGCCGGAAUUACCCCUCCUCCUUCUCUCUUCUCCUCCGACCCCGACGUGGUGAACCAACAUGAGCUGAUUUCAGAAGUUCCGUUCCCUCGCACGUGGCGUGUGAUUCCUUUUACUGGGAUUGAUUUCUGUGGAUUUGACAAGCCAGUUGCUACAGGUCACUACAGGCAGGUGACAAAUGGUUUGUCCGCCGAACAUUGUGGGGUGAACAAAGAUUUUGAUGUAGGACGCAAUGUAUUGGAUUUGCCACACUUUCCAAUUAGUGAUGCAGGAUGCGCCUCCAAUGGUGUUUUUCAAGAUCAUCAAGAAGAGGAUCCUAGUGUCACGUCUCCUGAAGAUGAGAGGAAUGUAUUAGUCUCAGAUGCCUACCAGGAUUCAGCUUUACAACUGGCUAGAGAUGCAGGAAAGGAGGUAUCAGCUUUGCCACAGGGUCACAUUAGAGAUUCUGGGGGUGCCUCUAGUGGUGUUCUACAAGAUCAGAGAGAAGAGAAGCCUGGUGGUACAUAUCCUGGAGGUCAGAGGGAUGCAGUAUAUACCCCGAAAGUCAGUAAUGGUGGAUGCGCAUCCAAUGGUGUCAAUCAAGAACACAGAGAAGAUGACCCAACAGUAAAGUCUCCUGAAGAUGAGAGGGAUGCAAGAGUGUCAAAAGUUUACCAUGACUCAGCUUUUAGACCGGUUAGAGGUACAGGAGAGGGUGUAUCUGUUUCGCCACAGUGCCAUAUUAGUGAUGCUGGGUGCGCCUUUGAAGGUGUUAUAAUAGAUCAUAAAGAAGAAAAUCCUGGCUGUACUUCUCCUGAAAGUCAGAGGGAUGUACAAAUGGUAUGUCUCCCGGUGAUCAGUAAUGGUGGAUUUGCCUCCAAUGGUGUUACUCAAGAUCAUCGAGAAGAUCCCAGUGUUACGUCUCCUGAAGAUGAGAUGGAUGCAAAAGUCGCAGACGUACACCAUGACUCAGCAUUAACACCGGCUAGAGGUACAGGAGAGGGGGUAUCAGUUUCAUCACAGUGCCACAUUACUGACAUUAGUGAUGCUGGGUGUGCCUGUGAUGGUGUUGUACAAGAUCACAAUGAAGAAAAUCCUGGUCAUAUGUCUCCUGAAGAUAAGAGGGAUGCAAUAAUGUUAGACAUUUACCUCGAUUCAGCUCUUUCACUGGCUAGAGUUCAAAGAUCCAAGUCAAGACAAAGGGCUCUGGCAAUUCGAAACAGUGCACAGAAAAGCUUUUCACAGGACAAGGACAAUGUUGAUGGUUAUGCUGGUGAAACUAUCAAGUGCCUGAUAUCGACCCCACAAUCUGAAUAUGUCGAUGAACUGAAUGAGAAUCAUUCUGUAGUGGACAAACCAAAGAUGGGAGAAUUGCAAAGUAAGGAAAAAGGUUCUCGCAGCUACUCUGGUAGAAUUACUAGAUCUAAAAGCUCUGCCCAUCUGGAGAACUCUGUAAAUGCCAGUAGCUCUCUGUGUAUUAGCAAGACAAGUGAUGGUAUAGCUGUUGAUUCUACUGGCAAAUCAAAACAGCUUUCUAACCAUGUUAUUCACCCACUGGAAUUCGUAAGUUUCUCUCAUAUAACUAAUGGCAAUUGUCGAGAGGAGGAAUUAGUGUCUGCAGACUGCUUAAGCAUGGAAGAGCCAAUUGUUGAGAAAGAUUACAUGUCUGCAAACUUGAAAAGAGAAGAAUACACUCCAAAGGCUGUGCAAGAAGUCACAGGUCAUUCAAUCUCUAAGCAUGAUGCUGGGAACUCAAUUGUCUGUAGGAGUCCUGUUGAAGGAACACAUCUAAAUGAGGAUCAUCAAAUGAUAGGGACGUCUGGAUCUUCACCUGAGGCACAGAGGAAAGAGGGUGGAAUGAGUCUGGAAUGGGUGGAUACUAGUCCAAAUGCUCCAUUUACUUAUUUGCAUGAAGUAAAUGAGCCAUCAUUUUCAAGUAUGAUUCAGCAGGCUGCUGGACAUUGUCAUGAUUCUUUGCUGGAAGAAACAAGAGCGCCACAUCCAACUAGAAUUAGUAUCGAUGGAGGAAGCCACGGCGUAAAGGAGAACCCAGUUGCUCUUCUGCGGGAUAAUUUAAGAAUAGAAACUACUGAAGACUUGUCUUUUGCAGGAAAGACCUUGCAGGCAAAGAGAUCUGAUUUUGGAGGCCCCAGAAAAUCAUCAGAAUUGUCUGAUAGUGCUCCACAUGUUACUUCCUUGCAAUAUGAAAAUGUUGCUGAAUUGAAUGACAACCAAUCCAAAGUGGUUGAACAAAAGAUUGGAGAAGUUCAAAUCAAGGAAGAAGGCACUGUCAUGCACUCGGGCAGAAUGACUAGAUCUAGAAGCUCAGGCCGUCAGAAGGCCUCUCUAAUUGCCAGUAGCUCAGCCUACAUUGGCAGAACAAAUAGUGGUAUGGCUGAAGAUGUUAAUACUAUGGAACAGUCUUGCUCAAAAGGAUUGUCUACUCUUGCUAGUAAGAAGGGGAUACAGGGCAGUUCAUCAGUAAAAAUGCCUCUUUCCUUCAUGCCUGUGGAAAAGAUACUAGAAGAAGGAAUGACCAUCCCUGCCCAUGGAAACUGUGACUCAACUCUGGAAACGAAUUUUCUGGGCAAUUGUGAAGUUUCAGCUGAAGAAGUGGAGGUCCAGAGCAGUUUAGUCGAAGGCGUUGAAGACCAGUUCAGUGAAUCUAUAAGAUUGUCAAAUGACAAUGCGAUCUCAUCAGUAAAAGAUCCAUGUGAUGCUUAUACGGAAGCAAUUGUUAAUACUUUUCUAGAAAGCGGGAAAACUCUGAAACAUAAAUGUUUUCUGCAAGAUGAUCAAACUCCCUUGCCAGUAGGCUGGGGUAAUUUAGUUCAUAGCCUGGUAAAAGAAGUAAGUGGGUCAAAGGCUGCCAAACCGGGGUUGGUGUUAGAUGAGUGCGCAAUGGAUUUUAAUGCCCUCUGUGAUUCUCACAAAUCAACAGAUGUUGAUCAUGCUGUGGUGUUUGGGUCUGGUUCCCCUAGGAUCCUAGAUGCAGUGAAUCUAGAACUUGAGAACCCUUAUGCUACUUCUAGGGAUGAACUCAGGAGUAACUUGGCUCAGUCAACUUUAAAUGCACACAUUUCUCCAGGAUAUUUACAUAAUGCCAGUGAGGACAGAGAGGUAGGCUUUUCGGAACCAACUGAAGGCCAGACUGCAGAUAACUCCAAAGGAAGAAGUAUUUGCUAUUCUAUGGAUGACAUAUCACCUAAUCUUAAACGAAGAAAGAUUGAGGAUAAAAGAGUUCAUGACUUGUCUACUUCAGUAGCCUUGAGAGAAGAGGUUCUUCAUUCUUUCAAAAAGGAUUCUAUAUGUGCAAACUUGGAAAGGGAAGAACAAAGUCCAACUGCUUUACAACAAGUCCAAGGGCGUUCAAUUUCCCAGGAGGCUGCUGUGAGUAGGACUCAUGCUGAAGAAAGACAUCUAAAUGGGGAUCAUAUGGUAGACAGUUCUCCAUCUUUAUGCCAUGCACAGAAGUUAGAGGGUGGAAUGGGUUUGGAAGGGGUGGAUAUUAGCCCAAAUGCUCCGUUCACCUUUUUGCAUGAAGAAAAAGAAGCAUCAGUUUUCUCGAGAUUGAUCAUGCAGGCAGUUGGUGAUCCUCAAGCUUCUUUGCUGGAGGAAGCAGGAGUACCACUUCCAUCUAGCAUUAACACUGAUUGUGGAGGCCAUUGCUUAAAAGAGGACCCACCUUAUCUUCCUCUUCAGGAUGAUCUAAGACUAGAACAUGCUGAAGAUGUGUCUUAUGCUGGAAGAACCUUGCUUGCAAAGAGAUUUGAUUUUGGAGGGACCAGUAAGUUCACAGAAUUGUCAGGUAGUGCUCCACAUGCUAAAUCCAUGGAUUUGACUAUUGCUGAUGAUGCAAUGCCUGUACUUGAGGGGUUUGUUAUAAGAACAGAUGAUGAUCCACAUAGCAUUGCUAAAGAGGGAAUGAGCUUUGAAGAAUGGAACCUUCCAAACUCAGCAGUAGAACGGGCCAGUAUUCUACAGCAGCUUUGCAAAUCUGCUUGCAUGCAAACUCCUGUAGCCUAUUCUUCAGCUUCCUAUAAGUUGCACAAGGUUCAAACUCUACGGCAAUCUGUUCCAACUGGGGUUGUGGAGCAUGUAGAUAUGAGGACCACGUUUCCUUUUAAUGAUAAUGUUAAGCAAUCAAAGGAUGGUAAUAGCUGUUGGACUGAGGAAGUUGGCCCAGCCUUUUAUGAAAGAUCUUAUUCUGAUUGCCAACCAAUUCAUAGUGGUCAAUCUGGUUGGGAUAAUAAGAAACUUUAUUCGUCUCCUGUUGGGAAAUUUUGGAAUAGAAUUGCUUCAAGCUCCAGUAGUUCGGGGAAGCGAGUGAGCUCAAUCCCAGAGCUUGCCUGUAUUAGUGAAGAAAAUGAGAAUACAGAUGAGCUAGCGGAUACAUUUCAAGAUGGCAUUGUGUCAGAAAUGUUGGGCUGUUCUCCCAAAAGGCCACCACUUGCAGACAUUACAGAAAUCCCUAACCUUCCCGCUUCAUUUUCUAAAGCUCUGCCCCACACUGAUAGAUUUAGUAUAGAUUCUGUAAACACUGAAUUUAGUUUUACAGGGACUCAUAAGAGCAUAAAAAAGAAGCCUGGAAUCCAAAACAGCACUAGGAGAAGAUAUAACAAUAAGGAGAACCAGAGUAUAUCACGAGGAACAAAGGAUAUUAAAAGGCCCUCUGGAUCGCUUCAGAAUAGUUACAGCAAGCCAAAGUUAUCUGAAAGAGCCAAUUUGAGAAAAGGAGGCCCUAGUUUGGCAGAGCUGGAGCCUAAGCGUAACAAUAUUGUAUCAAAUAUUACUUCCUUUAUUCCACUUGUGCAACAAAAACAAGCUGCUGCAGCCUUGCCAGGAAAGAGGGACAUCAAAGUGAAGGCCCUGGAGGCUGCUGAAGCUGCAAAGCGUCUUGCAGAAAGGAAAGAUAAUGAACGUAAGAAGAAAAAAGAAGCUAUGAAGGUUGAGCGAGCAAGAGUGGAGCAAGAGAAUUUGAAAAAAUUGGAGCUGCAGAGGAAAAUGAAAGAAGAAGAGAGGAAGAAAAUUGAGGCUGAUAUGGCAGCAAAGAAGAGACAGAGGGACGAUGAAGAUAAAAAGGAGAAGCAAAUGAAAAGGAUGCGUGUUGAAGAACGACGGAGGGAACAGAGAGAACAUGAAGAGAAGACACGUGCGGAAAAAGUAAAGAAACGACUAAAAUGUCAAGCCAGUGAUGGAAGAGGAUUCAAGAUCAAGGAACCAAAACACAAUACCCUGCAUAAGAAAAUGGACGAAGAAAUAGAACAUGAUACUCUCAGGAGCAUUUCAGAGACUGAUCCUAGGAGUUCUUGUGUUUCAGCAAAUAAUGCCAGAGGAACUGCUGUCCAUGAAGAGUACAAUAAGGGCUUCACUGAUGUUGAGCUUAAGGAAGAGGUACAGGGUAAUUCAGACAAACACACAGAAAAUGAAAAAUUGGUUGUGAAGACAAGUCGAGAACAGUCUUAUGAUAUCUCUCCAUACAAAGAAUCUGAUGACGAAGACGAGGAAGAAGAUGAUAAUUUACCAAAUAAUAAAUUUAUUCCUUCAUGGGCAAGCAAAAAUUGCCUGUCUCUUGUUGCUCCUCGCCAGAAUGGAAUUGACCCGGAGGGGAUAUUCUGUCCGGAAAGCUUUCCCUGCGUAUCUGAAGUUCUGUUGCUUUAAACAUUUCAACUACAGUAGCGGGGAACUAAAUCACAUUGGAAUUUUGCUAAACUCUAUUCAAUAUACCAUUUCGUCAAUGAGAGAGAUAGUUUUUGGAUCAAGAAGAGAUUUUCCAAGACUUGUUAUGCGAAGAGAUUUUGAGCAAAUGAUCCCUUUAGGUCAAUAUUGUAGAACUAUUCUGAUGUACAGGAAUCUGUUGUAAUGUGAUAUCAGAUAUGGUGCAGAAUAAUUGUAGUUAAGAAGUAACAAGUUGCCAAGUUCCAUUUUCUGUAUGGAAAGGGCAAC